GUUAUAUGAGAAACCCCAUUAUUAACCACAUCCUCACCCACUUUUUUUUCUUUUUUUAAUCUUCCUCUGAUUUGUCCAUUUAUUACUACAACUCCUAUGGUUGAGUAAAUUUAUCUACUUUUUGUACACCCUUUGACAUUUUGGAGUGCAUUAGGAGACUUUCUCCAACGGAAAAGCCCACGAGCUGGUUUUACUUCUUUUGAUGCCAAAAGACUCUCCAUUGCCCAAAAGUUAACAGAUUUGGAGGAGAGAGCAGGAGAGAGAGAGUGAGAGUGAGUCCCUUCAUAGAGAAGACAUACCGGUCAAAGGGUCAUCUUUUCACAGCCCAUUUAGACCUCUGCCCUGUUCGCGCUUCACAAGCGAACCAUCAAUUGAUUGCUAGUACUUGGUGGUGUGCUGUUGUUUUGCAUUGCAAGAAGACAAAGUGGGGUUUUGACUGAGGACCCAUUUGGUCUGUUGGGUCUUUUCUGGUUCAUCUCCCUCCUACACAUUCCAUCUGGAGAUGGGGUUUGAAGGGUGUGGCAGUAGCAAAGAGCUUGGAGUGGGAGUAACUUCCGUACACAAGCGUUGCAAGAGCUUCCCUGAUAAGAGGGGACUUGAAGAAGACAAAUUGGAUAAUUUCCUCAAAGCUUCGCCCCGGCCAAAAUUGGAUAUGGGGCACUUUAAGGACUGUGUGAGGACCAAGAAGAAACAAUCGCCUAGCUCUGAAGUCCAAAAUUCUCUGAGGCAAGAGAUCCUACAGCUUGAGAAAAGACUACAAGACCAAGUCAUUGUCCGCCAUGCUUUAGAAAAAGCACUGGGUUAUAGGUCUUCCUCUCAUGCCAUAACAAAUGAAGUCUCAAUGCCUAAGCCGGCGACAGAACUGAUUAAAGAAAUAGCGGUAUUGGAGCUGGAAGUUGUGCAUUUGGAGCAAUAUCUUCUCUCAUUGUACCGGCAAGCAUUUGACCAAAAAAAUUCCUCAUCUCCAUCAACAAAAGAUGAAAGAUCAAAAUCACCCUUCACUACCCCAAAAGGAAGGUAUCUGCAAGUUUCCAGAUCUGAUAUUACAACAAGGAGGGAAAGUUCAACCGUUCAAGCUAGUUCUCUGUCGAUUGCAAACCCAUGGAAUGAGUCCAGAAAUAUAGGUGAAGAGAAGCCAGUAGAUUCCAGUGUUCACCGCUGUUACUCAUCACUAUCACAAUGUUCCGCUCCAUCAAAUAGAACUUCUCCUCCGGCAGAGUCUCUGGGUAAAGCUGUUCGUGCCUGUUAUUCUCAACCUUUAUCCAUGAUGGAGUAUGCCCAGAAUGCUUCUUCAAAUGUAAUCAGUCUGGCUGAGCAUCUUGGUACCUGCAUUUCUGAUCAUGUUCCUGAGACACCUAAUAAGCUUUCUGAAGAUAUGAUCAAAUGCAUGUCAGCUAUAUAUUGCAAGCUUGCAGAUCCACCAUUGACAAAUCAGGGUCUCUCAUCUCCCAAUUCAUCUUUGUCAUCAAUGAGUGCAUUUUCUCCAAAAGAUCAGUGUGAUCUGUGGAGUACCGGGUUCAGGAAAGAUUCAUCUUUUGAUGUACGGUUAGAUAACCCUUUCCACGUGCAAGGACUAAAGGAGUUUAGUGGACCUUACAGCACAAUGGUUGAAGUGCCAUGUAUAUACAGAGAUAGUCAGAAAUUGGGUGACGUUGAGGACAUGUUACAAAAUUUCAGGUCACUUAUUGGUCGAUUAGAAGAAGUAGAUCCCAGGAAGAUGAAAUAUGAGGAGAAGCUAGCAUUCUGGAUCAACAUUCACAAUGCGUUGGUGAUGCAUGCAUUUCUGGCUUAUGGGAUUCCACAGAACAACGUAAAGAGAGUAUUUCUACUCUUGAAAGCUGCCUACAAUGUUGGAGGUCAUGUAGUAAGUGCAGAUACAAUACAGAAUUCUAUCCUUGGAUGCCGCAUGUCUCGUCCUGGACAGUGGCUUCGCUUGUUACUUUCUUCCAGAACAAAGUUUAAGGUUGGAGAUGAACGACAAGCAUAUGCAAUUGAACAUCCCGUACCCCUUUCACACUUCGCACUAUGUUCAGGAAGCCAUUCUGAUCCUGCGAUUCGUAUUUACACACCCAAGAGAGUAUUUCAAGAGUUGGAAGUUGCAAAAGAAGAGUACAUUCGGGCUACUUUUGGUGUAAGAAAAGACCAUAAAAUUCUUUUACCAAAAACCGUGGAGUCCUUUGCUAAAGAUUCAGGGUUGUGUCCAGCUGGUUUGUUAGAGAUGAUCCAACAGUGUGUGCCUGAAUCUGUGAGAAAGAGUAUUAAGAAAUGUCUGGUUGGGAAGUCACGGAAGAGCAUUGAAUGGAUUCCUUACAAUUUUGCUUUCCGAUAUCUCAUAUCAAAAGAGCUGGUGAAGUGAUUGCUUGCACUGGUAAAUUCUGAUACUGGAGAGCUCCAUAGCAUUGUUCAUUUGUUUUCUUUUUUAAAAAAAAAAAAAAAACACUGGGAGAGUUUUUAUGUACCUUUUGUACAAAUGAAUUAGAAUAGGAAAAGGCUGAAAUGGGAGGAUUGUAUGUCUUGCACUACAGUUUGUAUUUUGUGUUAAUGUAAUCUCCAUUUUGCU